GUAGUUGCAGGCAGUGGCGGGCUUGUGCUACUUCUAGCCAGCCCUUGUGAUGCUGCUCUGUGCUUACGUAGAGCUGUAAUUCCUAAACUCGGACCCUGACUUUGCCUUACUUUCUUUUUUCAGAUAUGGCACUGUGCCUAGUCUUUGAAAAAAUAGAUUUUCUAUGGGAUUAAAGGGGUUCUCUGCCCCUAGACAUCUUAUCCCCUAUCCAAAGGCUAAAGGAUAAGAUGUAUGAUGGCGGGGGUCCUGCUGCUUGAGACCCCCACGAUCUCCCUGCUGCGCCCGGCGUUCAUUUACAGCGUCAGGCGCAGCGCCGGAGGGUCGUGACUAGGGAUCGACCGAUUAUCGGUAUCGGCCCUAAAAAAAACGAUAUCGGUCGAUCCCUACUCGUUACCUCAUGGCCACACUCCCUCAAUGCAAGUCUAUGGGAGGGGGCGUAAUGGCCGUCAUGCCCUCUCCCGUAGGCUUGCAUUGAGGGGAUGUAGCCGCGACAUCACGAGCGGGGCAUGGCUGUGAUGUUAUGAGCUCCUGCAUUGCCAGACCACGUGGUCGACCACGUUUUUGCCUGCGGUCGGGAAACCGCAUACGGCCGAAAACUAAGCCGACCGGAGGCUGCGGUUCACUCCGGUCGGCUCAUAGACUUGCAUUAAAUACGGUUCCCAAAUACGGCUGAGUGCGGGCGCCGCGAUUAAGCCCCGCCCCCUCCUCCAAACCGUAUUUAAGAAAACGUGGUGUGAACCCAGCCUAAGACAGAUGGUAUACAAAAAGGAAGAAAUCACUGCUGUAACCUCAAAGACUACAAACAUGACAGUCUGACAGCAUAAUGAAUGGAAAGUGAAAUGCUGCGGACAAGAGCAACAGAAAUCAGAAGAUACAAACAAACAACCAAAGCAGAGCCAUGUAUACCUGCACCUACCCCAAUGCACGUUUCACGCCAAUGCGCUUCGUCAAUGGCCCCAUCCAUCGUCCCUUCAGAUGCUGUGAAGUUGUCCUGUCCCCUCUGCAGAACAACAUCCCCAAAUCAUAAUUUGUCACCCCCCAUGUUUGAUGUCGGGGGAUGAUGUUCUUGGGUCGGUAUUCCUGCUCCUCCUCCAAAUACAAAGACACAGCAGAGUCCUGCAUACACUGAGCAGAUGAGCCUAGAGCAGCAGCCCCUGAUCAUGUGACUCCUCCUCCUCCAUGUGACUGAUCACAUGACGGUGACAUCAUCGCAGGUCCUGUAAGCACACGGCUCCUGUACAGUCUGCAGGUGGAGUGAGGCUGCGGUGUAUUCAGAACGUCUUCAGCAGAGCAGGGAGAGGACAUCCGAAGAAGUUACCAGAAGGACCUGGAGGACCAGGAGAUUUCUCCAAUCCAGGAUCCUCUGCUGAUAUCUUCUAUAUAAGAGAAUUCUCCUGGAUGACCCAUCAACCAUGGAGAGAGACAGGAACAAGAUGGCCGACAGGAUCAUAAACCUCACCCUACAGAUACUCUUCCGGCUUACUGGAGAGGAUUACACAGUAGUGAAGAAGUCCUCUAGUGGGCGCUGUCGGGCCCCUGUGUGUGAAGGAUGGGGAAGAAACCUGAGCCCAAUCCUGGGGCCCCCACCUCACUCCCUGAUGCAUGAGGAAAUGGAUGAACAGAAGAUCCGAGAACUCAUCAACAAGAUGAUGGAGCUGCUGUCUGGAGAGGUUCCUAUAAGGUGUCAGGACGUGGCGGUCUAUUUCUCCAGGGAGGAGUGGGAGUAUGUAGAAGGACACAAGGAUCAGUACAAGGAUCAGGUGAUGAUGGAGGAUCAGCAGCCCCUCACAUCAGCAGUCAGAUCCAGUAAGAGAACAGCACCAGAGAGGUGUCCCCGUCAUCUUCUUCCCCAGGAUGAUCAGGUAGAAGAUCCGAACAAUAUUAAUGCUCCGAACAUAAAGGAGGAAGAAGAAGAGACAGAUGUGAGCGGUGAUGAGCAGUAUAAGGAGGACAUUCCUACAGGGAAAGAUCUGACCUAUAUUUAUGCUCCAGACAUAACGAAAAAAGAAGAGACAGAUGUGAGCGGUGAUGAGCAGUAUAAGAAGGACAUCUCUGCAGGUAACUGCCCAGAUUCUUGUACCAGGAGAUCAGAGGAGAAUCUUAUAUCUUCAGAUUAUAAAGCAGAUGAUGAUAUCACACAAGAUACAUAUGAAGAACAUUCCAUUAUCCCAGAUACACCCUCAGCCCUUCACAGCCAAGAUCUGUCAUCUCAUCCUGUUAUACAAGUCCAACCUAAAGAUUCAUCUCAUCCUGCUAUACAGGGCCUAUAUUUUGAGCCAUUACAGUUUGUAAAGCGAAAUAAGAAGAAGCCGUUUUCAUGUUCAGAAUGUGGGAAAAGUUUUACUCUUAAAUCAAAUCUUGUGAAGCAUCAGAGAACACACAGAGGGGAGAAGCCAUUUUCAUGCACAGAAUGUAAGAAAUGUUUUACUAUGAAAUCUAGCCUUGUUGAUCAUCAAAAAACUCACACAGGAGAGAAGCCAUUUUCAUGCACAAAAUGUGGGAAAUGUUUUACUCACAAAUCAAGUCUUAGUGAUCAUCAAAAAACACACACAGGAGAGAAGCCAUUUUCCUGCUCAGAAUGUGGGAAAUGUUUUGCUCAGAAAUCAAAUCUUGUUAAACAUGAAAAAACUCACACAGGAGAGAAGCCAUUUUCAUGUUCUGAAUGUGGGAAAGGUUUUGCUCAGAAAUCAAAUCUUGUUAAACAUCAGAGAACUCAUACAGGGGAGAAGCCAUUUUCAUGUUCUGAAUGUGGGAAAUGUUUUAACGAUAAAUCACAUCUUGUUAAGCAUCAAAGAAGUCACAAAGAGAAGCCAUUUUCAUGUUCAGAAUGUGGGAAAUGUUUUACUCAGGAAUCAAUACUUAUUGGACAUCUAAAAAUACACACAGGAGAGAAGCCAUUUUCAUGCUCAGAAUGUGGUAAAUGUUUUACUUUUGAAUCACAAUUUGUUAAACAUCAAAGAACUCACACAGGAGAGAAGCCGUUUUCAUGCACAGAAUGUAGAAAAUGUUUUACUCAGAAAUCAAGCCUUGUUGAACAUCAAAAAACUCAUUCAGGGGAGAAGCCAUUUUCAUGCACAGAAUGUAGCAAAUAUUUUACUAAGAAAUCAAUGCUUAUUGGACAUCUAAAAAUGCACACAGGAGAAAAGCUAUUUUCAUGCUCAGAUUGUGGGAAAUGUUUUAUUUAUGAAUCACAACUUGUUAAACAUCAAAGAACUCACACAGGGGAGAAACCAUUUUCAUGUUCAGAAUGUGGGAAAUGUUUUACUCAGAGGUCAACACUUAUCAGACAUGAAAGAAUUCACACUGAAGAGAAGACAAUUGAGAGUAAUAAAUGAUGGAGAUAACACAUCUAUAUAUUAACCAUGUACAUAGGAUAUCUGACAUUUAUACAUAUAUCAUAUACUGCAUCUCCAAACUUGUUCCCAAUUGUUAAUAAAAGUUUUCUUUUAGAACGUAGUCACCGAUCCAGCGAUGUCAUCACUAUAGUUUACAUGGUAGGAGAAGAGUGUGAUAUAUGGUUGUGAUAUUCACUGCUCCUCAUGGAGAAGACCCAACAGGCAUAAUCCAUGGGGAGCUGCUACUGGAGACCCAAACACCUCAGAGAGAAGGGACUUAUUCCAGUGAUGAAGAAUUCCAGGACAUGACCAGAUUAGAGACACAAAAUCACUUCUAUCUUCUGGCUUCUAGGACAUUAUUCUGAUGGAAGAACUUUACACAUUAUAAAAAGUCCUAUAGGUGUUGGGGAACAUUUAUAGACAAUUGUUGGCCCCAGCUGUCAUGGCGUACCAUAGGCCUCCUGCCUCCAUAUUACACUGGUCUGAUGGGGGAACAGGGUAAGUAAGGGUUAAUGUUUGUGGUUCUAACAAUAACUGUACAAGGAUAUAUAAGAAGUAAGGAAUAUAGGAGAUAAGAUCUUCCAGCGCACACAGCUGCUGAUAUGGGGAUUGGGUGGAUGAGGCUCCUCGGGGGAGGGGUCACUUGUUAUGUGUAUAUUGGAGCAUAGUCAUAAGGUAAUAGAAGGUGGGUAUAGACAGAGGGGGUGGAGCCAUCUCACACAUUAAUAGAAAUGGUGUUCAGUGUAGAAUACUGACAGCGUGUUAAGCAGGAACUCUGCUCCUGGGAUUCUCUAGGUGUCGGUGCACACAGCAGCAGGGCCUGUAGUUUCCAGUAGUUUGUACAUAUAAC